AUGGGCGCUAGAGGAAUCAUGUUGCCCCGUUCUAUUGCCAAGGCCAACGGAAAUAUCCUUUCGUGCAAGCAGUCUUGGGAGAAAUCACAAAAGAGGAAUCUCCCAAGCCAUAAUGAUACAAAUGCAGCAAGACGACAUGGUUCAUCUCGGCGUCAGUGUAAUGUGGAAGGGAUCUUGGCUGCCGCAAAGUGGGAGGUGGAAAAUGGUGGCUACAUCCUCAAGUGUGGGUGUAAACUCUCCCCAUGA